GCCAUCCUGGGCAGAAAUGGAGAGAUGGGUGGAUGCAGAAGGGUGGGGUUGGGGGGACAGGGGUCUUCCCUGCAGUGUGUCCUCUUCCCGAGGGUGGCUCUACCGCAUCCCUUGUUGCAGACUCACGGUGGCAGGGGUCUGAAGGGGCCACUGCCUUCCACAGACCUCUCCAUCCGACCCCCUUGUGGUCCCGCUUGCAGAACUGGACCUGCUCAGCUCCCCAGCUCCCCUGCCAGCUCCCUCCUCGGCACCUGCCUCCCUGCCUGGGGAGGGCUGCUUAUUGCCUCCCUCCCUCGCAUUUCUCCAGCUUCUGGAUUUCCACGUCCCUAGCUCCCUUCCACAAUUGUGUAAAGUUGUAACACUAUUCAUAUUGCACCAUGCUCGUAGGGCUUUUGCUUCUUGGAAUGAACCCUGGCAGGCAGAAAUGCAACACAAACUUGCUUAACCCAAAAAUGGAACUUUGGUUCAUGUGACUGAGAAGCCAAGGGGCGUGGCUUCAAGCGUGGCUGGAUCCAGGGCCUCAGUCUUCGUUAUCGGGGCCCGGUGUCUACUCACCCUCCCAGCCUUCAAUUGCCCGCGUCGGAUGCUGUCUACUCUCUGCUCAAGUCCAGAAGCGAGAAAGCUUUUUCCCAGUGACUCCGCUCCUGCCCAGCUGAGUUCCUCAGUGUUCACGACACAGAACCUAAAGUUGUUGGUGCCAUUCUGCCCGUGGAGACCUGAGCUUCUGUCCUCCUGGAGCCCUCGCCCCUCAACAGGUUCUGGGCACGCAGCCGUCCAUGUUGUCCUUCCAGAACCUUCAGCCUCGUGAGCUGGAGGAAAGGCUGUCCUGAGGGGGCCAGGAGACUGUGGAAGCUGGAGUGGGAGCAGCCUGCAGGACGGAGCCCCCAACCCUGAGGAAAGCCGGCUCCAGGCAGGAGGCGGGCUUCGGGGUGUAGCCAGGAGGAUGGCUGACCUGGGCAUGGUCCCCAGUCUCCGGUGCAGCAACAGCAGUCUCUGCAAGACCAGGAGGUUGCAGUACCUGUUUGGCAACAGUACAAAGCAAGAAAAUCUCAGCUCAUGGGUCCCGCAAAAUAUCAAGAAGAAGGAGUGCAUGUACUUUGUGGAGAGCUCCAAACUGUCGGACGCCGGGAAGGUGGUGUGUGAGUGCGGAUACACACGGCAACAACACUUGGAGGAGGCUACCAGGCCCCACACUUUGCAGGGCAAGGAUUGGGACCCAAAAAAACACGUGCAGGAGAUGCCCACAGACGCCUUUGGUGACAUUGUUUUCACGGGCCUGGGCCAGAAGGUGGGAAAGUACGUUCGCCUCUCCCAGGACACGCCCCCCAGCGUGAUCUACCACCUCAUGACCCAGUACUGGGGCCUGGACAUCCCCAAUCUCCUCAUCUCGGUGACAGGCGGGGCCAAGGACUUCAACAUGAAGCCAAGGCUGAAGAGUGUCUUCCGAAGAGGCCUGGUCAAGGUGGCCCAGACCACAGGAGCCUGGAUUAUCACCGGCGGGUCCCACACGGGCGUGAUGAAGCAGGUGGGCGAGGCGGUGCGGGACUUCACCCUGAGCAGCAGCUACAACGAAGGAGAAGUCGUCACUGUCGGUAUUGCCACGUGGGGCACCGUGCACAACCGGGAAGGCCUGAUCCACCCCUCGGGCAGCUUUCCCGCUGAGUACAUCAUGGACGAGGAAGGCCAAGGGCACCUGACCUGCCUGGACAGUAACCACUCCCACUUCAUCCUCGUGGACGACGGGACCCACGGCCGCUACGGGGUCGAGAUUCCCCUGCGGACGAAGCUGGAGAAGUUCAUAUCCGAGCAGACAAAGGAAAGAGGAGGCGUGGCCAUCAAGAUCCCCAUCGUCUGUGUGGUGCUGGAAGGGGGGCCCGGCACGCUGCACACCAUCUACAAUGCCAUCGCCAAUGGCACCCCCUGCGUGGUCGUGGAGGGUUCGGGCCGCAUGGCCGACGUCAUUGCCCAGGUGGCUGGCCUGCCCAUAUCCGAGAUCACCAUCUCCAGGAUUCAGCAGAAGCUCAGCCUGUUCUUCCAGGAGAUGUUUGAGACCCUCAGCGAGAGCAGAAUUGUCGAGUGGACCAAAAAGAUCCAAGACAUCGUCCGGAGGCGGCAGCUGCUGACCGUCUUCCGGGAAGGCAGGGGUGGCCAGCAGGACGUGGACGUGGCCAUCCUGCAGGCCUUGCUGAAAGCCUCUCGGAGCCAUGACUACUUUGGCCACGAGAACUGGGGCCACCAGCUGAAGUUGGCGGUGGCGUGGAACCGUGUGGACAUCGCCCGGAGCGAGAUCUUCUCUGAUGAGCGGCAGUGGAAGCCUUCAGAGCUGCACCCCGUGAUGAUGGCCGCCCUCAUUUCCAACAAGCCCGAGUUCGUGAAGCUCUUCCUGGAGAAUGGGGUGCGGCUGAAGGAGUUCGUGACCUGGGACACCCUGCUCUACCUGUACCAGCACCUGGACCCCUCCUGCCUGUUCCACAGCAAGCUGCAGAAGGUGCUGGCCGAGGAGCCCGAGCAGCCGGUGUCCGGGCCCACCGCCCCCCGCGUGCAGAUGCACCACGUGGCCCAGGUGCUCCGGGAGCUCCUGGGGGACUUCACGCAGCCGCUGUACCCCCGGCCCCGGACAGGCGAUCGGCCCCGUCUCCUGCUCCCCAUGCCAAACAUCAAGCUCAACAUGCAGGGAGUGAGUCUCCGGUCCCUCAACAAGCGUUCACCAGGACAUGUGGCCUUCACCAUAGAUCCAAUCCGUGAUCUUCUCAUUUGGGCCAUCAUCCAGAACCGUCGGGAGCUGGCAGAAAUCAUCUGGGCGCAGAGCCAGGACUGCAUUGUGGCGGCCUUGGCCUGCAGCAAGAUCCUGAAGGAGCUGUCCAAGGAGGAGGAGGACAUGGAUAGUUUGGAGGGGAUGUUGGUGCUCGCUGACGAGUAUGAACACAGAGCCAUCGGGGUGUUCACCGAGUGCCACCGGAAGGACGAGGAAAGAGCGCAGAAACUGCUCACCCGUGUGUCGGAGGCCUGGGGGAAGACCACCUGCCUGCAGCUGGCCCUGCAGGCCAAGGACAUGAAGUUCGUGUCUCACGGAGGCAUCCAGGCCUUUCUAACCAAGGUGUGGUGGGGCCAGCUCUGCGUGGACAACGGGCUCUGGCGGGUGAUCCUGUGUAUGCUGGCCUUCCCGCUGCUCUAUACCAGCCUCAUCUCCUUCAGGGAGCGGAAGCUGCAGGCCCGCCGGGGCCUGCCCCGGGUCCGCGCCUUCUUCAGCGCGCCGGUGGUCGUCUUCCACCUCAACACCUUGUCCUACUGUGCCUUCCUGUGCCUCUUCGCCUACGUGCUCAUGGCGGACUUCCAGCCCUCACCCUCGUGGUGCGAGUACCUCAUCUACUUCUGGCUCUUCUCCCUGGUGUGUGAGGAGCUGCGGCAGCUCUUGUAUGACCCCGACGGGUUCGGGCUGAUGAAGAUGGCACUCCUGUACUUCAGCGACUUCUGGAAUAAGCUGGACAUUGGUGCCAUCCUGCUCUUCGUAGCAGGGCUGACCUGCAGGCUCAUUCCCGGGCUGCUGUACUCCGGGCGCAUCAUCCUCUCUCUGGACUUCAUCAUGUUCUGCCUCCGGCUGAUGCACAUUUUUACCAUCAGUAAGACGCUGGGGCCCAAGAUAAUCAUCGUGAAGCGGAUGAUGAAGGACGUCUUCUUUUUCCUCUUCCUGUUGGCGGUGUGGGUGGUGUCUUUCGGGGUGGCCAAGCAGGCCAUCCUCAUCCACAACGAGAGCCGGGUAGACUGGAUCUUUCGGGGGGUUGUCUACCAGUCAUACCUCACCAUCUUCGGGCAGAUGCCGGCUUACAUCGACGGUGUGAAUUUCAGCCUGGACCAGUGCAGCCCCAAUGGCACAGAUCCCUACAAGCCCAAGUGCCCCGAGAGCGACGCCAUCCGGCACGAGCCUGCCUUCCCCGAGUGGCUGACCGUCAUCCUGCUCUGCCUUUACCUGCUUUUCACCAACAUCCUGCUGCUGAACCUCCUCAUUGCCAUGUUCAACUACACGUUCCAGCAGGUCCAGGAGCACACGGACCAGAUCUGGAAGUUCCAGCGCCACGACCUGAUAGAGGAGUACCACGGCAGGCCCCCCGCGCCGCCCCCCUUCAUCCUCUUCAGCCACCUGCACCUGUUCAUCAAGAGGGUCGUCCUGAAGAUACCCGCCAAGAGGCACAAGCAGCUCAAGAGCAAGCUGGAGAAGAACGAGGAGGCCGCCCUUCUGUCCUGGGAGAUCUACCUGAAGGAGAACUACCUGCAGAACCAGCAGUACCAGCAGAAGCAGAGGCCCGAGCAGCGGAUACAAGACAUCAGUGAUAAGGUCAACACUGUGGUGGACCUGCUGGAGAUGGAAAGUCUGAAGCGGUCUGGUUCCAUGGAGCAGAGACUGUCCUCCCUGGAGGAGCAGGUGGCCCAGACGUCCAGAGCAUUGCACUGGAUCAUGAAGGCGCUGAGGGACGGUGGCUUUGGCUCAGAGGAGGGCCUCCCCACCCUGGCACCCAAGACGACCUCAGAGGGGCAGGACCAUGAGCUGGACGGCAGGCAGAAGGCAGAAGAUGUGGGCGACACCCACCACGUGAACGCCCGGCACCUCCUCUACCCCAACUCCCACGUCACGCGUUUCCCCGUGCCCAACGAGAAGGUGCCCUGGGAGACGGAGUUUCUCAUCUAUGACCCACCCUUUUACACGGACGACAGGAAGGACAAGGCCUCGGUGGACCCCAUGGGAAACGCCCUGGAAGCCUUGGCUGGCAUCAGCUACAACGCCGUGGAUGGGCCCAUAGACCGGCGGAGCUUCCACGGGCUCUACGCGGUUCAGGAUGGGCUCCCUCUGAACCCCAUGGGCCGCACAGGACUGCGUGGGCGGGGAAGCCUUGGUUGUUUGGGACCCAACCACACACUGCAGCCUGUGAUCACCCGGUGGAGGCGGAACCAGGAUGGCGCCAUCUGCAGGAAGAGCAUAAAGAAAAUGCUGGAGGUGCUGGUCGUGAAGCACCUGCUCUCGGAAUUCUGGGCCCUGCCAGGGGGCUCUCGCGAACCAGGAGAGAUCCUGCCCCGGAAGCUGAAGCAGGUCCUCCGCAGAGAGUUCUGGUCUUCCUUCCAGAACUUGCUGAUUCAGGGCACCGAGGUGUACAAGGGGUACGUGGACGACCCAAGGAACACGGACAACGCCUGGAUUGAGACGGUGGCCAUCAGCAUCCACUUCCCAGACCAGAGCGACAUGGACCUGAAGAGGCUGAACUCUCACCUGCACACCUGUGACCCCAGGAUGUCUGUCCAGUGGCAGGUCGUGGACAAGCGCAUCCCGCUGUAUGCCAACCACAAGACCAUCCUCCAGAAGGUGGCCACUCUGUUUGGGGCUUUCUAUUGACCCGUGGACUCCGGCCGGGCCCUGUUGCCAGGGGCAGCCUCGGCCCUCAGCCAGAUUCCCUCCUGUCACAUCGUGAGCAGCUCGUCCACGACCAGACGUGCAUUGGCCCAAGGCGGGUGUUUCCUGGGUCGUCAGGGCUCCCCCGUGGUCUUCUCCUCGGGCCUACGUCCCGGAGACGGUGUCCACUGUGACUUUACUCGGACCCUCACCUGUUCUGGGGUGGGGCACCAGGCCCCUCACUUCACUGCCCUGGGUGGUCAGGGCUGAGCCCGUGCGUGAGGGAAGGGGGCCAUGCAAGCACACGCCUUACCUGAGGAUCCAAGGGUGUCUGCCUGUGGGCUACCCUGGGGCCUUGGGGGGGCUCUCCAGGCAUGGCACUCCCUCCCUCCUCCCUGUGAGCCCAGGGAGGGGCAGGCGGUGGGCAUAGAUGGCGGGGGAGACACCCCGCUCGGUGUCAGUGGCUCACAAACCAUCAGCAUAAACCCCCAGGAGUCAUCAGGGCUGGGAAUAUUGUAAAACCCAACAUUAAAUGUGCUGCCCAAACCAGCCUGCCCAGCGUCUUCCGUGCUUCCUACACAUCAAGUUCAGGGGGCUAUGUCUGGGCCACUGAAACCUCUUCCAAUCCAUGGCCAAGCCACCUGUGGCCCGAAGCUGUCUCUUGUGGCCAUUUCCUACGGGUUCCUCCCCACGGACAUUCUGCAGGUCCCUGAGGCCCAAACUCACCAUGUCCUCUCCGAUCCACCCCUGCCCCUCUCCCUACACUUUAUUCUAUGGGAUGCGGCCCCCAGCAUCGACCCCCAGCACCCAGGCUGGGACUCCUCGAUCUCGAGCCCUUUCCAUGGCUCCCCCUAUGCAGGUGGGGGGCCUGGGUUUUUUAUCUAGACUCAUAUACUUAGCCAAACUAGCAUUCAACUGGCAGCACCAAAUAAAGACAUUUUGGAAUUGUAAGGACUCAAAAAAAAAAAAAAAAUGUGUUACUCACACAUCCUUUCUGAAAGAAUUUCUCUAAGAUGAAUUUCAGAAAAGCAAACACUGACUUAGCUCGGCUUCCGUAACAAA